ACUUCACUCAACUGCACUCAACUCAACAGUCAACCACUCGAACCAGCAAUUAAUUAUCUCAGCCAUCUUUCAUUUAUUAGCAUGUUUAUUAGCGUCGUCCGUCGAGCGUUCACAAAGUGUCUGAAAAUUUUAUUGUUCAAUUAUCAAAAAUAAAUUCAGUUACAAAAUACAUUUAUUGUAUUUGAUGUUCAAUAUUUAUAAUUGUUUAUUUUUAAAUAAAAAAAUAUGAUUAGUGCCAUCAAGUGAAUAUUAAUGAAUCUUAAUAUAAUUGUGAUAUUGAUCAAAGCAUUUUUGGCGCGCCAUUAUUGAGUGGCAUCCAGCGUCUAACCAAAAAAAAAAAACAAAAACCCAUUAAAUUAUCAUUGUUAAAUUUGUUUGUGAUAAUAAAAUUAAUAAAUUAUUAUGCUUCAAUUCAUUAUAAAAAAAAAAGUUGACUUAAAAAUCAAAUCAAUAAAUUUUUUAGUGAAAAAAAUAAUUUUUUUGUUUCCAAGCACGUGGUAACAACGAGUGUGUUAAAUAAUUAAAAAAUAAAAAAUAGGCGAAUUCGAAUUCACAUCAAAUGAAGAAAUUGCUGCAUUUCAACCUGGUGAACGUAAUGUUGACUUGACUGGCUUUGUCGAUGCAAUUGAUGGGUUAAAGAUCGUUCGAACCGCUUAAGGUCAUGUCUACAAGUUUAUCUUGAACAAUGAUCAAUCCAACAGGAUGCGGGUUCUUAUCUGGGGUACGACCAUGGCCAGAAUUUGGGACUCUCAAAUUCAGAUGCAUUCGGUAAUCGAAUUAAUUGGAGGAACUGUGAAAAUAUCACAUGCUUCUUAUCGUGACACUGCUCUACAUGUGAUGGAAUAUCAUGUACAGCCAAGCACUGCAGUAUCAAUUUUGGGUACUUAUAUGCCUGGUAAUCAUCAACCAAUUGCAGCAAUUUACAGACCAAUUGAAAUGUCACAAGUACUGUUUGAAGAAGAGCAACUAGAAAUUCAUUGUCACAUCAGAACACCGUUUCGUGUUGUCCAAUUCAACAGAUCACAAUGUGGCCAAGGACAAGUAACAAUGGUCAUUAUCGUCUUACUGUUAAUAUUGCUGCAUACACUCCAAAUGACAAUUUAACAAUUGGUACUCCCAUAACAAUACAUAGUGAAAUGAUACGUGAACCACCAUAUUUUUCUGUUGCAACAACAGAUAACAUUAUCAUAUGUGCAGAUAAUCCAUUAACCAGAGAGGCAGCACGUCGAGGUUUUAACGCAAUUAGUACAGCAAGGCGUCGACUUGCUGAUGAUCAAGUUGUUGUACCACGUGUUGCUAUAAAUGUCAUUGAAGCUGCAAAUAUAAAUGUUGUGCCAGCAGCAGCUCCAAUAAUUCAAAUUCAAGCUGCUGAUGUCCAUGUUGCUCCAGCAGAUGGUGGUAUUGUUCCAGUUCAAGUUGCGAAUAAUCAUGCUGCACCAGGUGGUGGUAUUGUUCCAGUUAAAGUUGCAAAUGAUCAUGUUGCACCAGGUGGUGCUAUUAUUCCAGUUCAAGUUGCAAAUCAUCAUGCUGCACCAUUACAGUUAGUUUUGCUUAAAUGAAUGAUUAGUAAUAAAGAAUGACUAAAAUGGUGCUUUAUAUUUGUUUAAAAAAAAAAAACUGACUAGAUUUGAAUAUUAUAUUAACAUUCGAUUUGUUGUAAUAAUAAUAUAAUCAUAUUAUUAAAAAUGAGUGAUAUUAUUGUAAUGAUAAUGAUACCAAAAUAUUAAAAUAUAAAAAUAUAAACAUUUAUCAUGAAUGUUGAUUCUUAACUGGUCUCAUGGAAAAAAUAUCAUUUAAUGAUAGGUUUCAUCAACAUAAAUGAUUGUUUGUGUCAUGUUACUCUAGAUUUGUUUGUAAAAAAUAAGUGACCAAAAUAGCAUGUUAUGUUAACAUUAAAUUUAUUGUAAUAAUUAUUUAAUAUCCAAAAUGAAUGAUGUAAUGAUUUAAAAAAAAACAUAAAUUACUUAUAAAAUUGAAUUUUGACUGGUUUCAUUUUCAUUUAAAAAAAAAAAACUUAUGACUGAUUUUAUUAAUAAAAAAUAUAUUUGUGUUUCGAUAAAUAAAAAAAUGAUGCUUGACCAAAAA